AGAGGAGGGAAGAAAGGAUCGUGAUUAGGCCUGCAGACCGAGCAUUACAGUGCACCCAUCACCUCACACCAUAGCACUACGAUGUUGCCACGUCAUUUGAAGUCCCAGGCAGAUCCCUCGCGCAAGGUCUCCCUCGCAACACCACCAGGCAUCUUUGAGCUGCAAAUGAUCACUGGAGCGUCGGUACCUGGAGGUAUUCACUGAGAUAAUGAGGAUCAGGCUGAUUUAGCGACAUGAGAACAUCCGCCGCAGCUCGAUGGAGUCUUUCAACGCCGUAGAGCUCCGCGAGCUAGGGGAUGGGGGAAGGCGCACAGCUCCGCGAGACGCGCCGUCAGCACCAUGGACAGCGGCCAGAGCGGGCAUCGAGAACGCGUCAUAUCAGGAUGAGGAGCUCGAAACUAGGUUCAACGACCAACAAGGACCACCAUGCAGCUCCAGCGUUCCUCGUUCCACAUCUGGCUACCAACCUCAGAGGGAUCAUCAACUGUCACCGCGGUCAGAGGAGGAGGGACAGGAGAUGGAUUUCAAUGACCCCUCAGUGGACUAUGGGUUCAUCUUGGCGCUCGUGUUCCUGGUCAGUGGGAUAGUGCUGGUGGUGGUGGCCUACACCAUCCCCCGCGAGGCUAAGGUGGACCCGGACCUGGUCUCGGCCCGGCAGAUGGAGCGUCUGGAGCAGUACUACGCCCAGCUGGGCUCCCACCUGGACAAGUGCAUCAUCGCUGGCCUGGGGCUGCUGACUCUGGGGGGUAUGCUGCUGUCUGUCCUGCUCAUGGUGUCCGUCCUCCGGGGCGAGCUGCACCGCAGGAGGACUUUCGUCCAUCCCAGGAAGACCUACGGGUCUAUCAACCUGCGAAUGAGGCAGCUGGGGGAGGGGGAGGGGGGGAGGGACGGGGAGGGUCUGGUGGAGGGUGACCCGGGCGUGGAGGGACCCUCAGAUCCUGGCCGUGAGAGGCAAUCGCGCGGAGCGCAGGAGGGGGAGCACAGUGAGAGACGGCAGGAGUAACUGCCCUGUGGCAUGAGGAGGAGGAGAAGAAGAGAAGAGAGGAGAAGAGAAGAGAGGAGAGAGAGGAGAGGAGAGAGAGAAGA